AUAAAUCAUUAACAUCAACUUUUUACUUUUACGUAAUACGUAGUUUAAACUAGCCAUUUCUAUAACGACACAUCUAUCUAAUCCGUAAGACCCCAAAUCAAAGUUUCAUAUAUUUUUUUCCCCACCUCAAGCAUAAAGUCCAGAAGAGGUUUCCGGAUAGGAACAUGAAAUACCGGAAGAAGACCGUCUACAAGAGCGUCUUUCUCUCCUUCGCCCUGAUCGUAACCGUGACGCUCUUGCAAAAGGGCAGCGUUCCCAACCAAUUCUUCCAGAACCAGCCGCAGAAGUCCGUCCUCUCCCAAGAGCCGCUCAAAAUGCAGAAGAGGAACGACGUGCUGCCCCUCGCCAACAACUUCUGGAAAAAGGGGGGCGAGGUUCCUCCGCCCGUCGUAGCCACCGAGAAGGAGGUGACGUCCUGGGACGUCACCGCCACCAACUGCACGGCCAACCUGAACUUCACGAAGGAGGAGUGGUUCAGAAACCUGGAGCCCCACUUCCAACAGUUUCUCUUUUACCGACACUGUCGCUACUUCCCCGUCAUCAUCAACCACCCGGAGAAAUGCCGCGGCGAGAUCGACCUGCUGAUUGUGGUUAAGUCGGUCAUCACUCAACACGACCGCCGAGAGGCCAUCCGGAGGACGUGGGGCGAAGAGCGUGUGUUGCAGGGGAAAAAAAUCAAGACCCUCUUCCUCCUGGGCAUUGCCUCCAAAGAAGAAGAGAGGUCCAACUACCAAAAGCUCUUGGAGUACGAGGAUCGGAUCUACGGGGACAUCCUGCAGUGGGACUUCUUGGAUACCUUUUUCAACCUCACCUUGAAGGAAGUCCAUUUCCUCAAGUGGUUCAACAUCUACUGUGACCAGGUCCGGUACAUCUUCAAGGGCGACGAUGAUGUCUUCAUGAGUCCUGAGAACAUCUUGGAGUUUCUCCAGGAUCAGGAAGAAGGGGACCUCUUUGUGGGCGACGUGCUGGUCAAAGCGAGGCCCAUUCGCAGGAAGGAAAACAAAUACUACAUCCCCAACUCUCUGUACAGCAAGACCUACUACCCGCCCUACGCGGGCGGAGGGGGCUUCGUGAUGGACGGCCCCUUGGCCAAGCGUCUCCACAAAGCCUCCGAGAACCGGGAGCUGUACCCCAUCGACGAUGUCUACUUGGGGAUGUGUCUGGAGGACCUCAACGUGACGCCCAUGGCUCACACCGGCUUCAAAACCUUUGGCCUGGUGAAAAACAAGAACAGCAAAAUGAACCGCGAACCUUGCUUCUACAGAAGCAUGUUGGUGGUCCAUAAACUUCAACCAGCUGACCUGCUCAGCAUGUGGGAUUUGGUCCAUAAACAUUUGUCCUGCUCCCAGAAAGCCAAGAUCCUUUAACUCACCCGAUU